AUGAGUAAUCCUGAAUACAUCGCCAGUGUAUUCUGGCCUCGUCACCCUGGGACGGACAAUGGCCAAAAGCAACGCAACGUCAUCCUCCAUCUACCUCCAGGCCCGUCGCUGGGCCAGACCGUCCAAACAUGGCCUGCAGUCGAUGAGCAGUCGAGCCUCCUUGCCCUAGCUUCUCCAAACACGACAAUAGUCACUAUAAACUACCGACACGGUCUGAGUGUCGACUCGGAGAAUGCAGAGGAGAGUACGAUCAACCACUGCUUUCCAACGCCAAUCCAGGACGUUGCAGAGGGCCUCCAUUUCCUGACCUCGGACGCUUCACCAUUGAAUGAUGGCCAAGAGUUCAUACCAAAGAUCUCCUUACUUGGGAGUCGACUCGGAGGUGGGCUGGCUGCUAUGCUGGCAUUGACACAGCCGAAUGACAUCUAUGCGCUCACCAUGAUUGAGCCGAUGGUCGACUGGGUUGGGUUAGACGAGGUGGUCAAACAUCUGCGCGAUGCGACUUCUGAUCAUACGGACGAAACUACCCCGACAUGGAAAAAAGCAGCGAGAAAGAGGAACAGAGCGUUGAACUUUCCUAGUGUGGAAAACAAAAAUAUACUCGCGGCAGCGGAAGAGCUGUUGACCCUACGGUCUACGCUGUUCAAAACGCCUUCUGCUUACUUCGAUCCUUUCGCCAACCCGGUGCUAUUCUUACGUGCUCCCGGACGGGAUACACCGCUAGAUACAGCGGGCGACCUCUUGAUGCGACAGUUGGGUAUCGAAUAUAGUUCUUCUGGUGAUGAUGACUCCUUUGGCCCUUACGACGACGACUGGGGUCAGAAUAACCCCUCAGCCAUCGAAUCAAACAGUGCAUAUACGGAACAGUCUCCCUCGAGCAAUUCGGAAGCCGGGUUCGUCUCUGAUGUCAUUACCCCAGAUGUCGAGCAGCAACACAGCUAUCCACUGCCCUUCGGAGCCUCCCCACAGCCUCGUCGCCGUAAAGUCUUGCGUCGAUGGCCCUCGAUCGGCAGACCUGAGGAUGUCUUGCUGCCAGGUACCAAGUUUUUCCUGCGGUCUGUCAGACCGCCCGGAUCUCAGGACGAUCCGAAUCCUGCUGUGGAUCACGAACGAGGCCUACGAGCACUGUUGCGUGCGCAAGGUAUGGAGUUCGCUGAGCUUAUGCGUCGUGCUUGCUUUUAUGGUCGGGACAGUGGGUUCGCGAAUGAGAGAGUGUUGGUACAUGAAUUUGGUAAGGAUGACGACCCAACAGAGUUCAAGACAGGAGAGCCGUCAAGUAUCAGUGAGCAGGCAGUGCGCUGGGCAGAUCAAGCUUUGAAACAAGACUAA